AUGGGUUAUCUGAAUUCAGUGUUGUCACAAUCUUCAAGCAAAGUCCACGUGGAUGAUGCUCCGGUUAGCGGUGGCGGCCUAAGUCAGAAUGGGAAGUUCAGCUAUGGGUACGCGAGUUCUCCUGGCAAAAGGUCUUCAAUGGAGGAUUUUUACGACACAAGGAUUGAUGGCGUAGAUGGGGAGAUUGUUGGUCUAUUCGGAGUCUUUGAUGGUCACGGUGGAGCUCGAGCUGCAGAAUAUGUGAAACAAAACCUUUUCAGUAACCUGAUAAAGCACCCGAAGUUUAUUUCUGACACAAAAUCAGCUAUAGCUGAUGCAUACAGUCAUACUGACUCAGAAUUCUUGAAAUCGGAGAACAAUCAGAAUCGAGAUGCUGGGUCAACUGCUUCAACUGCCAUCCUAGUUGGCGACCGUUUAUUGGUGGCAAAUGUUGGGGACUCGAGAGCUGUUAUUUGCAGGGGUGGUAAUGCUAUUGCUGUCUCGCGAGAUCACAAACCAGAUCAAACCGAUGAGAGGCAAAGAAUUGAAAAUGCUGGAGGUUUUGUGAUGUGGGCAGGGACUUGGAGAGUUGGAGGAGUACUUGCAGUUUCUCGUGCAUUUGGUGAUAGACUUUUGAAGCAAUAUGUGGUUGCCGAUCCUGAGAUUCAGGAGGAAAAAGUUGACGACACGCUCGAGUUUCUUAUCCUUGCAAGUGACGGACUUUGGGAUGUGGUUACAAAUGAGGAAGCCGUGUCCAUGACUAGGCCGAUUUCAGAUCCGGAGGAAGCUGCAAAGAGGUUGAUGCAAGAAGCACAUCAAAGGGGCAGUGGUGAUAAUAUUACGGUUGUUAUUGUCCGGUUUUUGGGCGAGCAAGAAAACGUGGGUCCCUCUUCUAAUACUACUGCUAAUAGCUCUGGUUAA